UUUUAAUUUUUCUUUUCGUUUGAACAUUUACACCUCAUAUUUUACGUUCAUUGAAUGAAUAUAAAAAUAAUUUUUUCUAAUACUGUUCUUUUAAAAUUUAAUUUUAGAAAUUUUCUAAUUGGAAAUCUAUAAUGGGCAGUGAAAACUAAACUUUUAAGAACUAAAAAACAUUUUUCUUAUUUCAGAUUCCUUCAAAUUGAAAAUGAAUGUGGACAUGCCUAUUGAAGCUGUAGUUCAGCAGCUUGCCAACGCUGUUGAUCUUACAAUGAAUCCAUCAAUGCCACAAGACAAGCGUCAUGAAGCUUAUCGUUUAUGUGACAGUUUUAAAAAUGAAUUUCCCUUAUGUAUUCAAUGUCAAUGUGCUUUAUACUUUACUAGUGAUAAUGCACCAUAUACAGAUAUGGUACGUCAUUUUGGUUUGCAAUUAAUGGAGCAUUGUAUAAAAUUUCGAUGGUAUCAAAUGAGUCAAGAAGACAAGGUUCUAAUUAAAAACACUAUAAUGAGUCUGGUAAAUUCUGCUACACCUGCUUUACAAAUAAAUUAUCUUAAAGAUGCUCUUGCUAGAGUUGUUGUAGAAAUGAUAAAAAGAGAGUGGCCCCAACAUUGGCCUGGAAUGUUAAAUGAACUAGAUUAUGCGACUACCUUGGGUUUCUAUCAAACUGAAACAGUUAUGUUGAUAUUUUUGAGAUUAAUAGAAGAUGUAGUCAUACUUCAAACAGUUGAUAAUGCUGCUAGAAGAAGAGAUAUUAGUAAAGAACUUCAACAAAAUAUGUCUAAAAUAUUUCCAUUUUUUCUUAAUGUAAUUGAUGUGCAUUGUAGACAAUAUGUGGAAUAUUUAAAUAGAAAUGAACAAAAUGCUGCUACUACAGUAAUACGAGUAAUACAAUUAGCAUUAACUAAUGUUGGUGAAUUAUUUGAAUUUAUACAACUUUCACAUGUUGCAUAUAAGGAUUGUUAUAUAAUAACAGUGCUGUGUUCCUUAAUAGAAGAUAUUAAUUUCAGGCAACCAGCUAUUGAGUGUUUAUCAAUUCUUUUAUCAAGAAAAUGUAAAAAUGACGAGAAGGAAUGUGUUAUGAAAUUUUUUGAUCAACCUUUACAUCAAUUAUCUAUUGUCACACUCAAAGCAAUAAAUCAGGAAGCUAAUGAUGAGAAUAAUAUAUUCUUAAAAACAUUAUCAAAAGUUAUAUCAUUAUUAAGUUCAGUUUUGUGUGGAUUUUGGAACGAUAACAAAUUUCAUAAUUUUAGUACUGAAGAAUCUGAAAAGAUUUUACUAUACUAUUUAGAGUUAUUACUUGUUCUCUUAGGUCAUAAUUCUGUUAAUAUUGUUUCAAAUAUAAAUCAGGCGUGGGGAACAUUAUUUAAACAUCCAGAAAUAAGUAAAAAUGUUGCAUUAAGACAAAACUUCAUUCCUAAGUGGUUUUUGGUAUCUUCAAAGAAAUUAAUUAAGACUGAUUAUAAAAAAUUAGAUCCAUUUUCAUUGUUAGAUUUUACUGACGAAGAGAGUUACAAUGGUGUGUUUUAUCAUUGCAGAGCAGAAAUUAUUGAAACUAUAAAAUGUGCUACAGCUGUUGAAAAUGAUAUUAUGUUUUCAGUUACAGAAAAUUUGCUCAAAUCAUGUAUAGAAAAGACAUCUACACGAAUUAAAAUAAUUCCGAUCUGUGAAUCAGAUUCUCCAGAAUUUUUAGAAUGGGAAGUUGUUGUUUUAAUUUUAGAUGGAGUUGUUAGCAAAUUGUUAAUGACAUUAGAUUCUGAAAUUGUUCAAAAAGGUUUAAAAUUAAUUGAACUCUGUUUGAAAUUCGAUACACAAGAUCCUUUAAUUUUAUCAUUUCUUCUUUCAUCAGUAUCAGCAUUAUUCAUAUUUUUAACUGCUACUUCAUGGCCAUCUGAAUAUUUACAUGCAACUCUUAAUAAGAUGUAUGAAUAUUUAAUACUUGAAUGUCAUCCUGAAGAUCAACUUUAUGUUCCAAUCAAAGACCUAAGGUUUCAUUCAGCAUCAUUGUUUAUUAAACUUAGUGUUAAAUUUCCAAAUCUUUUAUUACCAGUGUUUGAUAAAUUAUGUUCAUUAAGCGAUCAACUAUUAAUUAAAACCAGCAAAGCUGGAGAUCAUCUUAACAUUUGUUUACGUGUGCAAGAAGCACUUAUAGUACUCAACAAUCAUAUUCCAGAAUAUGAUAAGCAAGUUCAACUAAUUAAGCAUAUUUUGGAACCAUGUCAAUUGAUGUGGCAAAAAAUACAAGCUGUUGUGUCUGGUGGACCAGAAGAAUUAUUAGUCUAUUUAGGUCUCGAUAGGCCUCAUGUUGAUUUAGACUCAAAUGUGUCCAUAGAAAAUAGAAAUCAUUUAAUUCAUUGUGUUAAUGUAUUAACCAGUGUUAUGACCAGAAGCAAUAUAAAAUCUUCAAAUUUAUCAAAUUUGCCAUUUAUUUCUCCUGUAACAGAACCUGUGUUAUUAUUACUUCCAAAUAUAUUUUUACUCAUAAAAAAUUUCAAUUCCCUUUGUUCUAAUAAUUUUAAUAAACGUAUGCAUCCUAGCUUUAACAAUAUAUUUCAAAUAUUUCCUCAAGAACGUGACACAUUACUAGGCAAGAAUGUUGUUUCAGAAAAAAAUGAUCCAUUUCAAAUGUUCAAAAAAAAACAGAAACCUGACCCUAUUUAUAAAAUAAAAUACUCAAUUUUAACAGUUUAUGAAAAUUGUUUAUUAGUUUUAGGAAGAUCAUGUCAUUUACUUGGAGAAAAUCUUUAUGCAUUACAAAAUUUUGCUCCUAGUUUUAUAGCAACUAUAAUGAAUAAUGCAGAAUCUUUACCCCAUAUUCGUAUAAGAACUAUUAUGAAGAAUUUUAUCAAACCAUUUCUCAUUAAUUGUUCAAACAAGUUUUAUGAUUCAGUUCUAAUUCCUAUUUUAAAUUCAUUCUUAUCUCAUAUGCUAAUACGUUUAAGUAUUACAUGGCAAAACAUACCUGAUAGGGAGGAAAAUUAUGAUUCUAAAGAAGGGGAUUCUGAAGAGCUAAUUGAGGAUAUGAUAAUACGUUUAUUAACUAGAGAAUAUUUAGAACUAAUAAGAUUAUGUUUAACUUUUUCUAAUGAUUCAAAGACAAGUCCACAUGGAAGUGCAGAAGAAAUAUCAGUAGUUCAAUCUAAUAAUGAUAUAUCUGAGUUAGGUAUAAAGCUUUUAAGGAAUGAACAAUCAAGACAAUUAAUUGUUGAAAGUAUUCUUAGUGGAUUGUCUUGGAAUUCUUCUAUUAGUCAAUUUUGGAAAACAUGUCAAAUUUUUCAGUGGGACAACAGACCAGUUUUACCACCUUGGAGUGAUAGUCAAUCUAGUUUCAAAGCAAAUUGUCUCACUCAAUUAGUUGUGAAACAAUUAAUAGUAGAAGACGAAAGGUCUGCAAUGAUUAUUGCUCCUGAUUUAUUAAUAGCUAUAUUAGAAAGUCUUCAUUGGUUUGGACAUCAUGAUUCAAAUGUUGGUCCACUCUUAGUUACUUGUUUAUAUGUUUAUGAGACUUUCCGUUGUAAAAAUGAUCAACUCUUGGGAGUUUUUAGAAAACUACCUGAAAUAAAUUUAGAUACAUUAGAUCGUUUUGACAAAUGGGUAUUAAGUUCUGAUCCAGUUAAUAGUAAAGUUAAUAAAAGUAAACGUGAUAUGCUCAAGAAAAUAUUAGCUGGUUGUAUUGGAAAAGAUGUGAGUCAAACUCAUAAACAAAAAGCAGAACUAAGAGAUUUGCCGAGAGUUCAUAUCCCAAAAAUAUGCACAACAGACUUGCUAGAAAAUGGUGAUGAAUUAAACAUAAAUAAAUUACAAAAUUAACUUAUUUUUAUUAAAAACAUAAAUCUUUCUUUUUUCUUUUCUUUUUUUAUUUAAUUUUCAUUGUUGAUAUUGUUUUAUUUAUUUUUGUCUUUAACAUGUUUGUUAAAAAUAUUUAAAUAUUUAGGCUUUGUAAAUACUAUAUUUUACCAAUAAGCCUAAAAUACUUUUACUUGUAAAAAUAAUAGGUACUUUAUUAUCCACAUUUUUAAUUAAUAAAAUGGCCUGUAUAUUAAACUU